CAUUUUGUAUACGAUCAAUAAGGUUUUCAGUUUUCACAGUUGGUAUUCUCAGCAUUCUUGGUGUGAUUUGUGACUGUUCGAGAAUGGCAACAUGGCAAGUACGUAUGGCGACAGCGGACGAUGUUCCAGAAAUUUUGCGAAUGAUAACGGUAAAAAAAGAAAUCGUUAAUUUGAUGCGCUGGGGUUGCUAAGAUUCUGAGAUUCUUCAGGACACAUAAACAUAAUUUUGCUUUUGAAUGAACACGUUAAAUUCUUCUUCUUACAUAGGACUUAGCUGUAUUUGAGAAGGAACCAGCAUCAAGAGUUAAACUUACUGAGGAAGGUAAGAUCCACAGAGACUCCCAACACUCAAACGUGAUCAAUAUGCAUAUUCCUUCUUCAUUUCAUAAGGCGCUGACAAAGAGAAUUUGUUUAACAAUCAUGAGCUUGUUUAUUAUGUGAUCAUUUCUUUAAUUCUCAUGACCUUAGUGUUUGAUUCAGGGGUGAUACUGUGAGGAGAUAUUAGAUGCUAGUCUUUGAUUUCUCUGUGAUUGAUGGGUUAAAAAAGCUGCAAAAACAAAAAAAAAAAUUACCCACUCUUCCCCACCAACUGAUCCCUUAUGACUCCUCUGCUGACCUCCCCUCAGAAAUUAUUAGGAAAUGAUAAUCUGAUGAAAAAUAAGCCUUACAGGACUUUAAACCCUUUCACCUCCAAAACUGACCAGCAUGAAAUUUCUCCUAACAAUAUUAGCCCUGAAUCAAACAUUGGUGUAACAAGAAAAACACAAAUGAUCACCAAACAAAGAAGAUCUUGAUUUCUAAACAAAUUCUCCUUGUCAACACCUGAGGAAAUGUAUAGCAAACAGUGGGGAGAAAGUACAUACUGAUGUUAGGUGUGAAGGGUUGUGAAGAGACCCUCUAAACUUUACAAUCUGGUCAAACAAGAGAUUUGUUAUGUAUCUGAAGAAAUCAAGAAUCAUCAAGGAAAAGAAUGAAGGUUUCAAGGCCAGACACCGUUGCACUCUCUCCUGAUUAUUUUUUUAGUUCUCAAGACUAAUAGAGUACCAAAUGAUUUGUGACAAAUUAUUCACACACUGAGACAACAGAUCUAUCAUUACUUUACAAAUUGCACUAACUUAGUUGUAGAAACAUUAACAAUUGGUUCAUAUGUAAGCUUGCAUUCAUCAAGAUAUGAAGCACGUGGGAAGUUUGGAGAGCACGAAAGAUGCCUAAGAGUUGCUUCUUGAGUGCUCUCCAAACUUCCCGAGUGCUUCCUAUCUCGAUGAACACACAGCUGACGUAUGAACCAAUUGUUUUAUAACAUUUUCAACCCGAUGGUUUGCUGAUUUGAUUUGUUUCCUGACGUCAUGAGUGUGCACAAUAGGAAUAUGAAGCAUGCUCAUGCAAUUGAAUUUGAUUAGACAAAUUUACUAGCUAUGUUGUAAAGAGUUUUUGAGCAUGCUACAAAAUUUUUUUCUAUCUUGCAGAAAUGCGGAGGGAUGGAUUUGGACAAACACCAUGGUUCAGCUGUCUGAUAGCAGAAGAGGUGAACCCCAGUGAAGAAAAAAACUGCAGCUUACCAAGGAAAAAGGCUGUUGGUUAUGCAUUAUUUUUCAACAUUUAUUCCACCUGGGAAGGCCGGUCUCUCUAUUUGGAAGACCUUUAUGUCGACUCAGCUUUUAGAGGUGAACUCUAUGAUCAAGUUGAUUCCCUGUUACUUGCAUAAUUUUUUUUAUUCCAAGCACAAUGCUCAGGGUCUCUUUGUUCACCAUUUUUGGAGUGGUAAAUUUUUUCAAAGAAAGAAAAGAGCACUUUGUUCAAAUUAUUGCUUGAUAGGUCACAUCGCUGUACUUACCAACCAUCAAUUUCUUAUUUUAAAUUGAAUUACAUUAAGGUGAAGGUGAAGGUGUAGACAAUUUUUAAAAUUAAAUAUACUCUGAGAGAAGACAAACAAAGAUUAGGUGAUUUUCCAGCCAUGAAAUGUUUAUCUUCCUUUAAUGUGCGAAAGACCAUAAACACCCUUACUAUUUGAUUAAGUAAUACAGCUUAACCCUUUAACUCCCAGAAGUGAUAAACAUAAAACUUCUCCCUACAAUAACCCUAAAUUAUCCAGCAAACAGCUAAUGAGAAUAUUCAAACUUAUCAGGUAGAAGUUGUUAUCUUGAUCUAACACCAAAUUCUCAUAACUAAGUUUUAAGGAUGUGUGAAGCAGCCAGAGGGGAGAUUUAACAAUCAGAUCUUGGGAGUUAAAGGGUGAAUACAUAAUUGACAAACACAGGUUGUCAGAUAAGUGACUCACUGCAAUUUGGUUAGAGAACAUUCAUGUGCUGUUCUUUGAUGCAGCAGUUGGCUGGUUCCUCUGUCAACCCGAGUAGGUCAAAUCAAGGAUUGUUGAUGGGUGUUGUAUUAUAGCUGUGUAUUUUUGUGAUUGUUUUUUCUAUUUCCAAAUUUUUUUCGUUUUUCCAUGACAAAUACAAGUCUGAGCUCGAACCACUUAUAGGGGUACACAUAAAGCAUUUGUUACCUGAUAAUUAGCACCUAAAGACAUAUUCAAUUUGAUUUUUUGGACAGGAAAAGGAAUUGGAAAAGAGAUGUUGAAAAGAGUGGCUAGAGUAAGUUGAAUUUUUUUUUUUACAAAUUUCCUGUUUUUGUAAAUUGUAGAGAGCCAUGUUGCCAAGAUCGAAGAGAUACUGUGUAGUGUGGUAAAAAUACAAACUGCUAAUUAUUUUUCCUUAUUUCAGAUUGCUGUUGAGAAGGGUUGUGCUCGGGUUGACUGGAGUGUUCUUUACUGGAACAAAAUUGCAAGAGAUUUCUAUGACAAGCUUGGAGCAGUGUGCUUAGAUGAAUGGCGUCUGUAUCGCCUAACUGGACAAAGUUUGCUGGAUUUUGCCGGGAAGGAACUUUUGUAGUACAACUAUACCAGUAGGCUUGUAAAAUUCUCUGGUGGUAGAUUCUGAAUUAUUAUGAGUGAACACUGAAGAAUCAAUCAACUACAUACAAAAAGCUGUUCUCUCCUGGACCAUUGAAGAUUUGAUGACACAAAGACUACCUGUUACACCAACACAAUUAACAAAUUUGGAUCAAUGACAGUUUCUGAGCAACUGAGUACCUACCCCUCCCUUAACCAAACAUUAACCCUAAUUGUUAUCAGUUGACUGUCAUUGGGUUAGGGGAGGGGUAGGUGGGCAGUUGCUCAGAAUCAUCAUCAGUCAGCAAGGGGGGCCUUGGGAGAGGAGAUACUCUGUCCCUCCCGUUUUAAUUUUGAGUCUCGAUUUUGUCGUGAAACAAAAGCGAUGCAGCAAUCGUAAAACGAGCGGACAUCUUCAUCAAUGAGGAAGUUUCUUAUUUUGUUAACAAUGAAUCUCCAAGCUGCAACUUUUCUGUUGCGGGGUUUUAAGAAAGUUUUCAGAAAUAAUAGCUUGCUCUUAGUUCUUGAGCAAAACGCUUUACUUGAACUUGCGAUUGAUUUUCGAGGCGGCAAGCUUCGAGGUUUGUUUGCAUACGACGAAUUACUUCCUAAUUGCGAGUUGUCAAUACAUGACGAAGGUUACCAAAGUUGUUCAAUUUUCUUUAAAUAGUAUUGAGUAUAAGGAGUCCAAACAACGCGAAAUGGUAGCUAGUUAAUUUGAAAACUACUGCGGAAUAUUUUAAGAGGGGUGAUUUGGAAAGAAAGCUUUCGAGCACAAAAAUAUUGAAACACCGCCCGCGACUUUUUUUGAAGUUGGUACAAAAAGUUGAUCGCUCUUAUGGAAUCUUUAAAAUACCAUUAAAGGCGGAGUACUUCUCUUUUAUUGCCCGUUAAAAUCGAAAAGCGAUUCUCGCGGUUUCGUCUUAAAGCAAGAAGUCAGUCAAACGCAGCGUGAAUUGCCCGGCAUCAUCAGAAAGUUGUUUACAUCUUGCUCACGUCAGUCGCACUAUGUCGACCAUAAAAACUAGUCCCUCUCUGUUCCUCUCAUCUUAAAGGGCGGUUUUUUGCUCC